AUGACGCUCGCGAAUCGGACGCUCGACGCCGCGCGCCGCGCGCGCGCCGCCGCGUCGCGCGCCGCGAGCGCGACGUACGACGCGAUCGCGCCCGAGGUGAUCGCGCGGUACGAGAAAACCAUGGCGGCGAACGCCGAGUACGUCGUGCGAGACCCGGCGCGGGCGAAGCGACUGGGACGCGAGUUCGUGUACACGAACCUGGCGCGGCUGCCGCGGGCGAUCGAGGCGGCGACGGCGGAGGCGGCGGCGGCGAGGGCGACGGCGGCGCGAGCGCGAGCGGGCGAGGCGGACGUGGCGACGAUCGGGACGGCGGUGGUGUUCGCGGCGGAGGUGUACGCGUGGUUUUGCGUGGGGGAGAUCGUGGGACGGGGAGGGAAGCUGACGGGGUACUAG